UUCAUUUCUCUGAUUUCCUAUAAUAUAAACAUAAUAGGUGUCACAUUUAUGUUUAUGGUGCCAAUCCGUUCGAGUUGAUCCAAUCGACGUCAAGACGUCUCUAGGUUUCAGGUUGCCUUUAAGUGCAUUUCGUACCCUUGCUUAUUUUACAACACUGAUCAAACGAAUAUAUAUAGAGAUUUGUAUAUGUCUACAAAUGUCAAAACGAUUCCGCUAUUCGAAAUUGAAAGUUUAUACUAGACGGAGGUCCCUUGAAGAUUCAUACAAAUGUCUCUAACCACUGCGAAGCCCGUUCAAAUCAAGACCAUGGAGCAAUUAUUUAUGCGUGGACGCAGCCGUUUAUUGUCUUGGCGAUGUUUUUGGGGCAUUUUAAUGAAAUCACCAUUAAAUCAACGUGUUCACUCUCAACUAGGAAAAUUACCAGUAAGUCAGUGCUGUGAAUUUUUUUAUACUUUGAGCUGUAAUUUGUUAAAUACCGAGGAGCUAGCUGCCAUGCAAGUAUUGAGCAGCAUGCUGUUUCUACUGCCCGAUGAGACCCAACAUACACAAAAGGCUAGAGCAACUCUUCUGCGACGAUCAUUCCAAUUGGCGCCCACCGUAGAGCCCAUGAUGGUGCAUUAUUUUACAGAGAAUCUAUUAAAAUAUUUCCAACCAGGACACCAUUUGAAUUCGAGUCAUUUGCUAGGCAUUGCCAACUAUAUAGCAACCAAAUGUGCCAUCGGAAAGGCAGUAGCGGUUUGCCUGUUAUGGAGCAUAAUUUAUGAAUGCGGAGAAACUGAAAUACUCAUCCAUCAGUAUCGUGAACUCUCCACCUUGUGCAACAUUUUAAACGAAGUCUGUGUAUCCAGGAUGAAUGUUACAAGUUUUGGUAUCCUCCUUCGCUCCAUAGGCACUCUGUUGCAUCUUUUGCUUUGCGGACAGGGUCUAAGGGAUUUUCUCACUCAUGGAUAUCCGGCUAGUUUUUUUCGUAUUCUGCCACAGGAUGUCCAAAAAUUGAUUGACUGGGUCAAGAAUGCCUUGGAAGAGUUCGCAUUGCGUCGUCCGGGCGCUUUACAAAGGGCUCGCUAUGCUGCAAAAAAGUUGCUAACUUCAUUGGAUUAUUUAGAUGCACAUGGUAUUCAGUGGUGUCUGGUCUGUCGUGAUGCUCAAGGUCAGCCGUUUGAUGAUUGUAUAAAGUACUGCGUUCUCUCCGAUAUACGUAUAAAAUGAAUGAAAUCGAAAAAUGACUCUUAUGACUAGUUAAAAUUUAAAUGGAUGUAUGUAUACAUAUCAAUAUGUACGUACAUAACUAGUUGUAAGUAAAUACAUUUCUCUUAACAGAUUUUAAUAAAAUUGUUUAUUUCUUCGAUUGA